CAAAUUGACCCCACUUGACCUUAUAAUUCAAUGCCCUUUCAGGUGAAGGUCAGUAGAAUCUCGCUUUGUCUCGCGCACUUGCUUUAAGACGAGAUGUAGGAAACCAUUUGAUCAGUAGCAACACCAAAAUUAUUUGUUUUGAGCACCAAUUUGCGUUGUUAAAAGCGUGUUAUUCUGUGUUAUGAAAUCGGCCUAAUUGAUGUAUGGAGUUUAUGCUAGUAAUUGAGCUUGUGAAUGGAGUAAAAAGUAGUGUUACACAGGAAAUAUUUGUGGAUCUAAAUCACUGUGUCAACUGUAUCUACGGACUUGUCAAAAGAAUUGCUGAAGCCAUGUUCUCUAUGCGUAAUAUAGAUCUAUGAUUUAGAUUUCAGAUACUGCUUGCGGUAGACCCGCUUACUAGCCGUAAAUUUACAUCAUUAUGUCUGCUAAAGUAACAGAUCGCAUCGAUCCAUUUACCAACAAGGUUUCUAUAAAAUCUAAGAAGCAGAAACGGUCGCAGGGAUCGUCUCAUUAUCGGACUAAAAAUGCUCCCGAAUUGCAACCAUUGCCUCAUUUAAAAGAUGUGAGCCCAGCAGAACAACAGGAGUUGUUUAUUAAGAAGUUACAGCAAUGUUGUGUUGUAUUUGAUUUUAUGGAUCCUGUGUCCGAUUUGAAGAGUAAGGAAAUUAAACGAGCAUGUUUAAACGAGUUAGUGGAUUAUAUCACAGCUACCAGAAAUGUUCUCACAGAGCCAACAUAUCCUGAAACAGUUAGAUUGAUUGCCUGUAAUAUAUUCCGAACACUUCCACCAAAUGACAACCCUGACUUUGACCCUGAAGAAGAUGAUCCUACUUUGGAAGCAUCCUGGCCACAUUUACAGAUUGUGUAUGAAUUUUUUCUGCGGUUCCUUGAAUCUCCAGACUUCCAACCAAGUUUGGCCAAGAAAUAUAUAGACCAAAAAUUUGUUUUACAAUUAUUGGAAUUAUUUGAUAGUGAGGACCCAAGAGAAAGAGACUUUCUAAAGACGGUUCUGCAUCGUAUUUAUGGAAAGUUUUUAGGACUGAGGGCUUUCAUCAGAAAACAGAUUAAUAAUUUUUUUCUCAGGUUUAUAUAUGAAACUGAGUCUUUUAAUGGUAUUGGGGAAUUAUUGGAAAUUCUAGGCAGCAUUAUCAAUGGUUUUGCUUUACCGUUGAAAAUCGAGCAUAAACAGUUUUUAACUAAGGUUCUUAUACCUCUACAUAAGGCACGAAGUCUUAGUUUAUAUCAUGCACAGCUUGCAUAUUGUGUUGUCCAGUUUUUGGAGAAAGAUGCGACAUUGACAGAAGAUGUUAUUAAAGGCCUGUUGAAAGUAUGGCCAAAAACUAGUAGUCAGAAAGAGGUGAUGUUUCUUGGUGAAAUAGAAGAAAUAUUAGAUGUGAUAGAACCUACACAGUUCCAGAAAAUAAUAGAUCCUAUGUUUAAACAGAUAUCUAGGUGUGUGUCCAGUCCACAUUUUCAGGUAGCUGAAAGGGCAUUAUAUUACUGGAAUAAUGAAUAUAUAAUGAGUCUAAUAGAAGAGAAUUCAGCCCAAGUGUUACCGAUAAUGUUCCCAGCACUGUAUAAAAUAUCUAAGGAACACUGGAAUCAAACAAUUGUAGCACUAGUCUACAAUGUAUUAAAAACCUUUAUGGAGAUGAAUAGCAAGUUAUUUGAUGAACUAACAGCUAAUUAUAAAUCAGAAAGACAAAAGGAAAAGAAGAAAGAAAAAGAUAGAGAAGAAUUAUGGAAGAAAUUAGAGAAGUUAGAGCUUAACAGUAAAAACAAAAUAAUGAACAACUCGGUCAACGCGGUUUCUAGUUAGUUAGUUUGAAUGUAGAGCUUUUAUCUCUGUCUAAAUGUGAGGAUAGAUAAACUCCUCAAUAUAUUUAGUUGUUGACAGUAACAUUGAGUCAAGUCAUAUGUACAUUAAAACAAACAGAUGGAGUUGAGCUGAAAGAAUAUUGUCAUGUUUGUUGACUAGAUGUCUGUAUCUAAAACUUUUGGUUUUUUUUUCUUUUCUCUAUUCAAAAGAAAAGAAUGUGAAAAUGGAAGGUUUGAGUAUAUAUUAAAAAUGAGGAAAGUGACAAUUUAUUUUAAGGAAAUCGAAUAUAUUAUUGCUCUAAUAUUAAAUGGUUUCUGACAAAAAAGUGAGUGAAAUGUGUGAAAUAUGAAAUAUAAUUAUGAUUAAUAUUAUAUAUGGUAAAUAGUAUAUUAAGUCACCCAUAAUGUGCCAAACCUCUGAAUGUAGAUUGUAUGGUUCCCAAACAGUGUUCAUAUUAAUGCUUAAGGUUAUGUUAACUGGAUUAGAGAUUAAGCCGAAUAUAUAUACAGGAAUGUGCCCAGAAAAAUAUUCAUGCCAGGCGUUAAUCAUGGGCAGCGGAUGCACCAAGGCAACGGCAACCCCCUCUUAAUAGCAGCGGGAGUUUGAGGGUGGUUGAUACGCCUUUUUCUAUAUAUAUCUUUAUUUACAAGAAAAUGGUGGUGGGAGGAAAUCUACAUCAAGAUAUUGUUGCCAGGCGGUAAAAUAUUGGUGUUGGGUGGUGUCUCUCUGUAAUUUUAAUAGUAGGCACAUUCCUGUAUAUAUAAACAUUAUUACUUACACUGUACAUGAAGGUAAAUAGUAUACCAUAUAAUGUAAAAAUGCUAUGAUGUAGUAUAGAGAAAAUAUGGUAAUUUAAACCUUCUUGGAUAUAGAUCCACUCUUUCAAAUGGGUUUUGUUGAUUUAAAAAAACCAAAAAAACUUUUGAUGUUUAGAAGUAGGGUAGAAGCUAUAUUUUAUUGCCAUAUUGUUUUGACAGAGAAAUUGCUGCAUUUAUAUAGCUGAUAAUUUAAGUAAACUACAGAGGGAAAUAUUGGGAAAAAAAUGCAAAGUCUUCCAUGAUCGAAAUCAAAAUUUGGUAAUAUAAGUCCUUAUUCAUUAUUAUUUGUAUUAAUAAUUAAUAGUUUAUAUCUUGUGAUUAAAACUAACUGUUCGGUAACCAUACAAUGAUAAUACAGAGGUUUGAUUAACCUACUGACUAGAUGUCCGACACUAAUCAUUGAACAAGUACAGCUUUUCUUCUUCUGUGGUUUUAAUAUAAUAUUGAUAAUAAGAAAGCUUGCCUUGACAUUUUUUGUCUGUCUAGUAGUAUCACUUGUUUGUGUUUGGUCCUUUCUUGGCUUUCAGAAGAACAGGGUGGAAAAUACACAAAAUGGCUGUUGUUAUUUAUUGGUUAAGGAGUUAUCUCCCCUUUUCGAUUGUUAUGUUAUUAUUGUUUCUUUGCGUUGAUAAAAUAAGAAUAAUCAUUGAUACAUGUUGGUGAGUAUAGAGAAAUGUUGUUUCUACAUCAUUUACUUUAUUUUAUAGAACUAUAGAAUACAGAUCGAUUCAAGAAAUUUGACACAUUAUAAAAUCAAAAUGCAUAAUAAUGUAUUAACAGACGGUUGGAAUUAAUUAAGAACCAACAUUUGGUCGAACAUGGAAACAAUAUCUUAUAAUUUAACAUAUCAUGACUACAUUUGUUAAUUAAAUUUGUAUUUGUUACUUCCAUUAUAUGUCUCUCUGACUAAAAGGAUGAUUUUGGGGGUGAUAUUUCUUUUACAAAAGUCAAUAUUACUAUUUGAUCAAUUGCUAUACUUUGAGAAUCAAUUCUGUGUUAAAAGAAGCACACAGACAUAUUAUGUGACAGAACUUGUUUCCUCAUGGAAUAAAAUCUUUCCUACAUAUAAUAAGAAUCUCUCUCCUUUUAUUAUAUUAUUUGAAAAUAAUUGAUAAUUGUGAUUGAAAUUUGUAUAGCUUUAAUGUAAAAUAUGGUUAUAUUAUUAAUUAAGACUUGUGUAUCAUAUCAGGAUGUGUAACCAUGUAUACCUCAUUGCUGCCAUUUCAGAUUCAAAACAUAUAACACCCUUCUUUAAAUGGGCAUUUUGGAUUGUCCAAGAUGUAAGUGUGAAGUUUAUAUUGUAAGUAAGAUCUCUCUUUCAGUCUUGUGAACGUAUUUAUAUGUAAGUCAAUAAUUAUAUAUUAACAUAAAUAGCAGUAAUAGUAAAAUAAAAAUGAUUAUCAUUCUGUUCAUUUUCAAAAAGACAGGCUUGUAAGUAUACAUGUAAGUUUUCUUGUUAUUAUAGAAAAAUAUUUACAUGUUACAGAUUGAAUUUCAAGAACUUGUGAAGUGAUACUGUGGGCUUAUAAUGAUCAUUUUAAAGCAUAAUAUGAUACAACAACUAUUCUAUUAUAUAUAGGUUUAUAUUAUGUUUAUCUGUCAUAUUAUUAUUACAUCUUUUACAUGUAACAAUAAAAACAUGUUUAAGUAUUUUAUUAACCUAAUAUUCCACAAGUGUGUAUCAGUAAAAAACUUAUUUGUAAUUGAAGAAAAUUUCAUGAUCCAGAUCAGUGAUUGGGCUGUCUUUUGGUAUCUCUGGUAUUAUUCAUUAAAAUGGAUGAUCUUGUUUACUAGUCUAUAGUAGAUUUAUAUACUGGCUCAGUUCAUUAUCAUAUAUCAACAUCGUACAUAUUUACAAUAGAUUGCAAGUCAGUGUUUUGUUAAAUACCAAUUUGGCAUCUAGGUAAAUGUUCCUAGGUGUGAGGAAAUAAGUGGAGAAUGAUGGACUUUACAUGUUGCAGUUGUUGUAAACUAUGGUGUAACAAUCUGUUUAUAACCCUUCUAGAAGUAUAUCUAUUUAUAUAAUUAUGUAUAUAUACAACUGAUAAUUAUAAUCUGGAUAAUUAACAUCAAUGUUGGUAGGUGGGGAUGCGGUUAUAUAAGCUACUAUCUCUUUUACUUAUGUCCUGUUUAAAAUAUCAUUAAUCUGUUGUUUUGAGUAUGGUUUAUGUAUGUGAACCAGUUUCAGUCUAAAUUUCACAAUCUGUACAUGGUUAAAUGAAGAGGGAUUGUACUAACUUCUAGGUUCUAUCCAACCGAUAUUUGCUUAGAGUUAGCAAUAUUUUAGCAAGUAACUCCAAAUAUUUUAACCUCAUUAUGCGUACAAAGCAAUAUCGAAAGCAAACUCUGGGUUAUGGUACCAUUAUUAAGUCAAUAUUUUGUGAUCAUGAUAUCUAAGAUAGAUAUAAGUAUCUGUAAGAGAUUGAUUAUAGUACUUUGAAGACAAUCUGUAGUUGGUCUGUACUGAUUAUACUGUCCGAAUGUAUUCAUUGAAACCAUUGCAAUAGAGAUGUGUAUUAAAGUGCUGGUCACUUCACAUAUAUAUGGUAUUGUAUACAUAAUGUAUAAAAAUAAUAUGAUUAAGAAAUUGUAUAAUUGCAUAGUUAGAUCUUAUUUUACCUCAAAUUAGAAAUUGUCUAGCUAAAUUCAUUUCUAUAUUAUUUUUUCUUUCUUAGUUCUGCUAUAGUUGUCUGUAAAUGUAAUAUAAUAUAUAGGUAAUUUUUAAAUUAAGCCUAAUCUCAUUGUCAUUUUAUCUCAUUUGUUUAAUGUGGUGUUUUGUAAGAACUGAAAGAGUACAUUUUAGAGCAAGAUUGAUUGUGUAUGUCUAGGUGAAUCGUACAUUUCAUACAUAUGUCUGAAACAUGAUUUCUAUUUUAAUCUUAUGAAAUACAUUGUAUAUGUAAUAGCAUCAAGCUGGAGGUUUAGUACAAUUACUUCUGGAAAUGUUAUAUUGUCUUCUCAAUACAUUUAUUUAAUGGUGUAUGUGUGAUCGCUCUGUCAUAUCAGCACUGCCAUCAUUUUGAAGGACUAUAUUUAUAUACAUGGAAUUUAAUAUCAAGUUAAUCUGAAUUUUAAUUCUUGAGGUGUCAUACAGAAAACAGUAAAAUUGAGGGGGGAAAUAAAAUUUCUACUACAAUAAUCAAUGUUACUUGUAUAAUUUUUCAGUUAGUCAUAUUUAUUUGUUAGCAGAUUCAAAAAAUUCUAUUUGAGAAAUUUCAACAUGAAUUUCUAUAAUAAAACAGAAUGAGGAGAAAUUUGUUUCAAAUUAAUUCAUUUAAAUAAAUCAUGAUAUAAGGGUUAAUUUUAUGUUUGUGAUUUGUGUUAUUGUGUUUUUGUUAUGUGCCAUAAUAUUCUGGCUCUUAAACAACCCAGAAAUCACAAAGGCUCUGGGGGGUUCAAUACAGUUUGAAAAAUUUGUUUAAAUAUUUUGAUAUACAUACAUACAUAAAUACAUGUACAUACAAACCUACAUCUAAUAUAUAAUAAUUACUUAUAUUGAAUUUAGUACUGUUGUGUUGAUCUAGUUAGAUGGAGUUUUUGUUGGACAUGUAUUCAUAAUUAUUGUAUAUCUGUUCAUAUAGAUGAUUUGUAAAUCAAGUUUUAAAAAGUUUAUAACGGUAAUAUUUAAUGUGUGGAAGUAAAUACAGUUAACAAUUUAUGAUUUCAGCUAUUUUAUUCUUUAAUUAAAUUAUGACUUCAGACUAAUUUACAUGUAAUUUAAUUAAGACUGGCUGGUUAGCAAACUUCUCCUUUUAAGUAGUAUAUUAUUUGAGAUGUAUUCUUUUCCACUUCAGUUGAUAAUUUAUAUGCAAUAUUCCCCUCCUUCUAUAUGUAAAUACUGUAUUAUGAUUCUCCUUCCCUCUAUAAACAAAUGGCAUCUGAAAGUGGAAUUUCCAUGUUCACUUUGUCUGAGAAUUUGAAAAGAAAACUGAAGACAGCCAGAGAUUUCUUUGUAAUUUAAUUCAAGAUAUAGAUGCAAGCUAUUUGCUGUGUAUAUAAUGCUUUCUUCUUAAUGCUUAUUUCAUUGUACAUUGUGUUGCUUGAGUGUCACUGGCCAGGCAAUACCAAGUAAAUUUGUGCAUAGCCCUCACCUAACCUUUUGUCCUUGUAAACUAUGUCUGAAAAUAUUUUGUAAAAUUAAAAUAUUCUCAACAAA